UUUUUGAACGGUCAAAAGUGAAAGGAAGAAAAGUAGCAGGAGGAACAGUAUAGUACAGAAAUUUUAAUUCGUUUAACCAUUUAAUUAAAUAUAUUGCAAUUAUUUAUGCCUUUUGGGAGGCUGAGUUCUUUUUCUGUUGACUGACUCAACAAAUAGCUGUCUCUUUUUCAACAUUGAGCAAAACAAGGGAAAGAGGAGAGAGGGAAAGUAGUAGACUUGCUUGCAUUCAAGUUGCAGGAGGGGAAUUAGCUGUAAAAGAAGUUUGGCGGAGAAGAUUGUUGGUUGAUUAUCAGGUGUUGUAAAUCUGAAUCUUCCUUGACAAUAAGAAAAGAAUGACCUCAAUAAAUGUAGCUCCUCCAUCUGGUAUAAGAGAUCCUACUCGGAAAAAUGGUGGUUUGGAUAGGCUUCCAGAUGAGAUGAAUGAGAUGAAGCUCAAGGAUGACAAGGAUAUGGAACCAGCUGUUGUAGAUGGUAAUGGAACAGAAACUGGUCAUAUAAUCGUGACAACAAUUGGUGGACGAAAUGGCCAGCCAAAACAGACUAUCAGCUACAUGGCUGAGCGUAUUGUGGGGCAGGGAUCCUUUGGAGUAGUAUUUCAGGCAAAAUGUCUAGAAACUGGUGAAACUGUUGCUAUUAAAAAGGUUCUUCAGGAUAAGAGGUACAAGAAUCGUGAGUUGCAAACCAUGCGUUUACUAGACCACCCUAAUGUUGUGUCUUUAAAGCAUUGUUUCUUCUCAACGACUGAGAAGGAGCUUUUCCUUAACUUGGUGUUGGAGUAUGUUCCCGAGACUGUUCAUCGGGUGAUUAGACAUUACAACAAAAUGAGCCAGAGGAUGCCGAUGAUAUAUGUGAAACUUUAUGCUUAUCAGAUUUUUCGAUCUCUGGCAUAUAUCCAUGGUAGUAUUGGUGUAUGCCACAGGGACAUCAAACCUCAAAACUUAUUGGUAAAUCCACAUACUCACCAGGUCAAAGGAGAACCAAACAUUUCAUACAUAUGUUCAAGGUAUUAUCGUGCUCCUGAGCUGAUAUUUGGUGCUACAGAAUACACUACUGCCAUUGACAUUUGGUCGGUUGGAUGUGUUGUAGCAGAACUGUUGCUUGGACAGCCUCUAUUUCCUGGUGAGAGUGGAGUUGACCAGCUUGUUGAGAUCAUUAAGGUUCUGGGCACGCCAACAAGAGAGGAGAUCAAAUGUAUGAACCCAAAUUACACCGAGUUCAAGUUCCCUCAAAUAAAAGCUCACCCGUGGCAUAAGAUAUUCCACAAACGCACCCCAGCAGAAGCUGUUGAUCUUGUGUCAAGGCUACUUCAGUACUCUCCAAAUCUGCGUUGCACGGCGCUGGAGGCAUUGAUUCACCCUUUCUUUGAUGAGUUACGUGAUCCAAAUGUCCGGCUACCAAACGGUCGGUUUGUUCCACCUCUAUUCAACUUCAAGCCACAUGAACUAAAAGGUGUGCCGGUUGAGUUGCUGAGCAAGCUGAUCCCGGAGCACGCAAGAAAGCAAUGUGCAUUUCUUGGGCUGUGAUGAUAUAUACACAUAACUUUAUCUAUCAAGGUCUCACUUAUAUUCUACUAAGCCGCGAUUGUAUCUUUGUUCAGAAGCACGUUUUCUUCUUUCACCUAUGUUGUCUAGGGUUCUUGUAUUUAUUACAAUUGAUUUGUAGCCCAAGGACCAGAAAGUACUUGUGUAUCUCUUAACUGACCAAAUUUUUUGUUUUAUUUUCAAUGACUGUUAACUGCUGCAACUGUUUAAUGGAAGAUUGCUAUUUUCUUUUGAGA